GAGGGGGCGGGGCGGAAGCGGCGGCGGCGCGCGCAAAGCGGCAGCCUUGGGAAGGAAGCUACUCGUGGCCGCGGAGUGUGGCUGUGGCGUUCUUUCAGUGUUAGGCCACCAUGGACCUCGCGGCGGCAGCGGAGUCGGCUGCCGGCAGCCAGCAUCUGGAAGUGCGCGACGAGGUGGCCGAGAAGUGCCAGAAGCUGUUCCUGGACUUCUUGGAAGAGUUCCAGAGCAGUGAUGGAGAAAUUAAGUACUUGCAAUUAGCAGACGAGCUGAUUCGUCCUGAGAGAAACACAUUGGUUGUGAGUUUUGAGGACCUGGAACAAUAUAAUCAGCAACUUUCUACCACCAUUCAAGAGGAGUUCUAUAGAGUUUAUCCUUAUCUGUGUCGGGCCUUGAAAACCUUUGUCAAAGACCGUAAAGAGAUCCCUCUUGCCAAGGAUUUUUAUGUUGCAUUCCAGGACCUGCCUACCAGACACAAGAUUCGAGAACUCACCUCAUCCAGAGUUGGUUUACUCACUCGCAUUAGUGGGCAGGUGGUGCGAACUCACCCAGUUCACCCAGAGCUUGUGAGUGGAACUUUUCUGUGCUUGGACUGUCAGACAGUGAUCAAGGAUGUAGAACAGCAGUUCAAAUACACACAGCCAAACAUCUGCAGAAAUCCAGUUUGUGCCAACAGAAGGAGAUUCUUGCUGGAUACAAAUAAAUCAAGAUUUGUUGAUUUUCAAAAGGUUCGUAUUCAAGAGACUCAAGCUGAGCUUCCUCGAGGGAGUAUUCCCCGAAGUUUAGAAGUAAUUUUGAGGGCUGAAGCUGUGGAGUCAGCUCAAGCUGGUGACAAGUGUGACUUUAUAGGGACACUGAUUGUUGUGCCUGAUGUCUCCAAGCUUAGCACACCGGGAGCACGUGCAGAAACUAACUCCCGUGUCAGUGGUGUUGAUGGAUAUGAGACAGAAGGCAUUCGAGGACUCCGGGCCCUUGGUGUUAGGGACCUUUCUUACAGGCUGGUUUUUCUUGCCUGCUGUGUUGCACCAACCAAUCCAAGGUUUGGAGGGAAAGAGCUCAGAGAUGAGGAACAAACAGCCGAGAGCAUUAAAAACCAAAUGACCGUGAAAGAGUGGGAAAAAGUGUUUGAAAUGAGCCAAGAUAAAAAUCUGUACCACAAUCUUUGUACCAGCCUCUUCCCUACUAUACAUGGCAAUGAUGAAGUUAAACGGGGUGUCCUGCUGAUGCUCUUUGGUGGUGUUCCAAAGACAACAGGGGAAGGGACCUCUCUUCGUGGGGACAUAAAUGUUUGCAUUGUUGGUGACCCAAGUACAGCUAAGAGCCAAUUUCUCAAGCACGUGGAAGAGUUCAGUCCCAGAGCUGUCUACACCAGUGGCAAAGCGUCCAGUGCUGCUGGAUUAACAGCAGCUGUUGUAAGAGAUGAAGAGUCUCAUGAGUUUGUCAUUGAGGCUGGAGCUUUGAUGUUGGCUGAUAAUGGUGUAUGUUGUAUUGAUGAAUUUGAUAAGAUGGACAUACGGGAUCAAGUUGCUAUUCAUGAAGCUAUGGAACAGCAGACCAUAUCCAUCACAAAAGCAGGAGUGAAGGCUACUCUGAAUGCCAGAACAUCCAUUUUGGCUGCAGCAAACCCAAUUGGUGGACACUAUGACAGAUCAAAAUCAUUGAAACAGAAUAUAAAUUUGUCAGCUCCCAUCAUGUCCCGAUUUGAUCUCUUCUUUAUCCUUGUGGAUGAGUGUAAUGAGGUUACAGAUUAUGCAAUUGCCAGGCGCAUAGUAGACUUGCAUUCGAGAAUUGAGGAAUCGAUUGAUCGUGUCUAUUCCCUUGAUGAUAUCAGAAGGUAUCUUCUCUUUGCAAGACAGUUUAAACCCAAGAUUUCCAGAGAGUCAGAGGACUUUAUUGUGGAACAAUAUAAACAUCUCCGCCAGAGGGAUGGUUCUGGAGUAACCAAGUCUUCUUGGAGGAUUACAGUGAGACAGCUGGAGAGCAUGAUUCGUCUUUCUGAAGCCAUGGCUCGAAUGCACUGCUGUGAUGAGGUUCAGCCUAAGCAUGUGAAGGAAGCAUUCCGGUUACUGAAUAAAUCAAUCAUCCGUGUGGAAACACCUGAUGUUAAUCUAGAUCAAGAAGAAGAGCUCCAGAUGGAGGUUGAUGAGGGUCCAGGUGGCAUCAAUGGUCAUGCUGACAGCCCUGCCCCUGUGAAUGGAAUCAACGGCUACAAUGAAGACAUAAAUCAAGAUUCUGUUCCCAAAGCCUCCUUAAGGCUGGGCUUCUCUGAGUAUUGCCGAAUCUCUAACCUUAUUGUGCUUCACCUCAGAAAGAUGGAAGAAGAAGAGGACGAGUCAGCGUUAAAAAGGAGCGAACUUGUUAACUGGUACUUGAAGGAAAUCGAAUCAGAAAUAGACUCUGAAGAGGAACUUAUAAAUAAAAAACAAAUCAUAGAGAAAGUCAUUCAUCGACUCAUACGCUAUGAUCAUGUUCUAAUUGAGCUCACCCAGGCUGGAUUGAAAGGCUCCUCAGAGGGAAGUGAGAGCUAUGAAGAGGAUCCCUACUUGGUGGUUAACCCCAACUACUUGCUCGAAGAUUGAGAUAGUCAAAGUAACUGACCAGAAAUGAGGAACUGUGGCACACGUCCUGGACUGGUGCCCAGAUGGAGCUCUACUAGGAAGAGAAAAUGUUCUAGGAGCAGCGCUUCUGGAUUUGUUUUGAGAAACAAGAAUGGAUUUGAUGGUCCCGUGUGUCACAUUUCUGUCACAUGCUUUUAUGCCAACACAGGCUUCAGCACUUGCUUUAGUGUGCUUCUUGCCAGUGAAGUUGGAACCAAAUAAUGUAUGGCUUCUAUAACACCUUUGUUUUCAUAGGUAGGAAAAGGCCACUUUUAUGGCAUAUGGUAUCUUACUAAGGAAAUAACUUUUAUUCAAUUGUCAUCUGCUUCUAUUCAUCAUAAUAAAAUAACUUGUUCUGAAGA